UGGCGGAACAAAAAGAAAAAACCAAGACUUUAUAUUUAACGAAAAGUUUACAAAGGAGUAACGAUGAUGACGGAUGAAAUUGAGAAGAUCGAGAAAAUGGAGACUAGAGAGGAUGAUGUUUGGAUCUGUACAUUUCCGAGAUCAGGAACGACUAUGACACAGGAAAUGGUGUAUCUCGUACAGACGUUAGAUUUUGAUACAGCAAAAGCAGUGCAUUUCCAAGAAAGGAGUCCAAUUGUAGACAUCAAGGAUGAUCGAUAUCCUUACUAUAAAGGUCUUAAAUACAUCGAACAAAUGGAAUCUCCGAGACUGAUAAGAACUCAUCUUCAUUAUUUUCUUCUUCCCGAACAACUAAAGAAGGGCAAAGGAAUGACUAUUUCUGUUGUCAGACACCCUAAAGACGUGGUAAUAUCGUUAUUCCGUAUCAUGCAGUGGUGUGACCUGCUGGCUGAAGAUGAGACUACGUUCGAUUCAUUUCUUGAUACGAUCGUCAAUGGAACAGGCUAUGCCUGUCCGUGGCCACGGCAUGUAUUAGAGUACUGGGAGCGGCGAGACGAAAAGAAUGUCCUCUUUGUUAGAUAUGAAGACGUGAUAAAAGACAAACCUGCUGCUAUUAGAAGAAUUGCUGAAUUUCUUGGACGAAAGCUCACCGAGGAAGAUAUUCAAAGGAUUACCGAACACUGUCAGGUUGAAAACAUGCGUGAAAACCCCAUGGUGAAUUUUGAUUAUUUUAGAGACAUAAAAACUGUAAAUGACCAUGCGAAAGGAAGGUUUAUUAACACAGGUCGGUCAGGAAAUUGGCAAGAUAUACUGACAACAGAGCAAAGCAGAAAGGUUGAUAGACUGAUUCAAGAAUUAGACGGGUCGGGUCUUGUCUUUUAACAUAUAAUAACGGCUCAAUAUUCUAAGAAUGAAGUCGAACUAACAGAGAGUGAUUGGUUACAAUUCCUUAGAUCGAGAUGGACAAACACAAGAAUAGCUCAGUGGUUUCGGAAGUAGGACAUUCGAUAUCUAUUACCUUAGGAAUCAAUCAAGAAACAUGUAAUUAGACAAAACUGGUAGUUCGUAUAUGACUUGAAAUAGUGAACCUUCCUUUCUUUUUGUAAAUACUGAUGACAAAUUAAACAUAAUAUUUCAGAAAUUAGACGUAUUAGGUGUGAAUGAUAGAUACUUAUGAACUUCUUGCGAUAAUUAAGAUCUCAAUCUUCGGAAUUAUUUUGUCCAUCGUGUACACCAACAUGGCUUCCUUAAUAUGGUAAGAUAUACCAAAGAAACUCCUAGGCGUCCCAAAAUGGUUGCUUUUCGUGACUAUGUGGAUGCAGAGUACAUUCUACAGCAAGCUUAAAUCACACGAUAUGGCAUCGAUAGGGAAUAUCCAAAAGAACUCGCCAGUGCGAGAACAAAACUCUUUUGGACCGUUUCCGCAAAGAAAGGGAGGUGCAUGACCAUCAUGCAAAACUUGCCUACCCAGCAAAGAUUGUCGUUAGAGGUCGGGUCGCAACCCUAGAGCAUCACAGAAUUUCGUUAGUAAUUUGAAUGGUACGUUACUUUUAGACUUUUGUAAGCAAUAUUGCCAUUGCAUCAGGAAAGGGCGUUUUGGAAAAGAAAAUUAAGUUGCUUAUGUAUUAACAAAUGAAAAUAUAUGAUGUUAUUUAACUGUUUAGAAAUUCUAGAUCCUAUAAUAUUGUCUGACCGUUGUACAGAUGCAUAUAAAAUUUCAACAAAGUUACCAGAUAUAGAUGCAUCAGAUGAAAAUACAUGCAGUAGAAUCGAAUAUGUUAAAUUUAUAAAGGGAACAAGAUGCAGGAAUAUAAUGCAGAAUAUGUCUAUCUAGCUAGUAGUAGACCAACUUAACAGUAUAACAUCGGAAUUAAAUUCCGUACCACCAGUAACAAGGCUAACGAGAAAAUAUCUGGUUUUCUACAUAAAGUGGACCAAGAAUGCUCUGCACAUUUUCACAUUACUCCAAGGCAAGGUUAUGUGCCUCUCCCACGAGCACCAGACACGAUGUUAAACUUGUUGCUCAAAAAUUUACAUGGUUCGUUACGUAUCUGGUCCAUGACUCCCCUGACUACCACAUAAUUUUGAUGCACUUUCCAAAUACGUUCCUUGAGUAGAGAUCAUUUGUCGCGCAUAAGGAAAAUGCCGUUUGCCCUUAGGUCAAAUUCAGGCUGUAAAUUCCGGUUCUCUGCCUUUCUUCAAUAGAUUUUAAUACAGUUUUAAUAUAUUUAAUGCUCUUCAUCAAAUUAAAAUUUAAAUAAAUGAUUAAAAAUACAAAGGUUUGCGUGUAAAUUGACCAUAAUGGGGAAUAUCGGUAUCUUUGUUACAAUUUCUUGUUCAUUUAGGUUGUAUGCAUUGGAAGAAUUUUUCUCGAAUUCAUUUUGACAUCACAUAGGUCUUAUUAGUUCAGAGUCGGACAAUUCAUACAAAUACAAAAACUCAAUAUAGGCAAAGGAAACAAAAACACUCGUUAUUGAUCUAGUGCAAUUUUGUUUAAAGUUGAUAGUGCUUAUAGAGUCCAUAAAAUAUUGAUACACAAUUACCAGAUACGUGUAAAGUGUUAUGUUCGAGAUACCAUUUCCAUGUUCACAGCUGAAAACUUCAUUUUAGGUACAGAAAAUCGGUAAGCCCACAAGACCUGGGAGACGUUACAGGUGGGAUGACGUUAUCUAGUCACAGGCACUGUUUAGACUUUUUUGUAAUAUGCAGUGCCACGUGCGCAAGAAUUAUAUUCAACAUAGAUUUUUAGCUUAGAAAAUUCAAACCUUCAAGAUAAGACAAAAUCCCUUUCAAC